AUGUCGCAGGACAUCAAGGUAACCGUAGCUGUAUCGGUCCCGGGUGAAGAGUCUCGCAACGUCCUGGACGCUACGACUGCAGCGUCCCCGAUACAAGUUUCGCGCUCAAGAGAAGGCGGCGAAGGCAGCCGUAGGGGCUCAUUCCAUGUGACCAUCACCGUCACUAUCCCGCAACCUCUGACCGAACAACCCUCCGCACAGGUCUCGCCCGACGUCCGUGGGACUCGCGACCUCAGUGCCGGGUCAGCUGAUCGAUCCCCUUGUUGCGACUGUCACGGUCGUGCUGACAGCGGCCAGCGUGACUCUGUAUCUGAGUCCUCUCCUGCAAGAGCCAGUACGAGGACCUCUUCGACGCAUGUUACUCGUUCCUCCGCUCCUCACAGCCCCAUAGUUGGCACCGCUCGGAGAGCCUCAGAAGUCGGCGCCCGCGUACCUCGCUAUAGUUGGGGCACGCCGGGUUCUCCCAUUGCCCGCGUCCGCACUCACUCUUCCUCUGCUUCGAUUUUACCUCCGGUAACGCGCGAGCUGCAUAGCCGGCCUUCGGAGGAUGACGAUGCCAAGGACAGCUCUCCUCAUGCUGAUCUCAACAAUGAUGAGAAGGGCCAUAUUGGAGGACAGGGAGGAGGUAGAAACCCCAAUGACGCCGUGCCGGAGAGUACCAAGUCGGUCAUUGGCGGUGAUGGGAGCGGCGAGAGACAAGAGGCGGAGGGCAACGAGGAAAGCAAGGGUAGCGGUGACAGUGACAGCGACAGCGAUACCGGAAGUGAAAGUGAUGAUGAGGGUAGCAACGGCCAAGGCAUUGGGAAAAGCGAGGGCGGGACAAAGAGUAGCAGCGAGAAUGGCACCGACAGUGACGACUCCAGUGGUGAUGAAGACAGCGAUGAUGAGGGCGGUGACCAGAAGAGCGGUGGGGAGAGAAACAGUACCGAGGACAAUCUUCCCGGAAAAUCGGACGAUGAGGAGGGCGGCAAGCAAGACAGCAAGGAUAGAGCCGACGACACCGUAGACAAGGAGAGCGAAGUCGGCGACCAGAAGAUCGCGGAGCGAGACACCGACCCGUUCAUCCAGCACCCGCGCGAGGGGAGCUCAGCAGAUGCCCAUCGACAGCGCUUCCGCGAGCGGCUCCAGCAUUGGCCCUCGCCGGCCCUCACACCGCAGCGGCCCAACAGCGCCACUCCCUCCCCUUACAUCGUGAACGCGCCUCCCCCCCAGCUUCCGGACACGACACCCAACACGUCCGUGAUCAACCGUCGCGCAGCAGUGUUGUGGGACGUUGCGCUUCAGAAAGCGGCAAAGGAAAUUGCAAAGGCUGCUAAACGUCACGGAGAGGAUAGUGAAGAGUACAGAAAAACCCAGAUCAAUACGUACUCCGAGCUGAAGGUGUUUCGGGGUCGUUUGCUGGGCAUGCUGAAGCGGGGCUGGACGCCAGAUGGACCGCAGGGCUGGGAUCUGGUUGACUCGACAUCACAGGUGGGAAGUGUCGUGAGCGUGCAGAAGCACAACAAAUAG